UGGACUAGGUAAAAAAAAAACGUAUCCCAAAAUCGGUAAUUGAUUAGAGUUAGCACAACCAAGAUGGCGGACCGAACGCCAGGUGGUUCGCAGAAAUCUAGCGCAAAGGCGCUACUAGAGAGCAAGUUGAAGUCCUUCAGCAUUGGCAAAACGGUCGUGCCCAAGAGGACCCUAAGCAAGAAGGAACAAGAGGAAAUUAAAAAAAAGGAGGAUGAGCGGGCAGCUGCAGAGAUCUAUGAAGAGUUCCUGGCUGCGUUCGAGGGAGGAGAGGGCAAGGUCAAGGCCUUUGUCCGGGGAGGCAUUGCUAAUGCAACUAAAGAGGAGGCUGCUUCCGAUGACAAGAAGGGCAAGCUGUAUAAACCCAAGUCUCGCUUCGAGACAACAGCAGCAGCAGCACCAGCGAAAAGCAGCUUCCUGCCUUUGGAAAUCCCUCCACAGUUUUUAACAUUAGAUAAAAAACAUACACUGAAGAAAACAACUGAAAAGGGAAAGAAGAAAAGCAACCUAGAGCUCUUUAAAGAAGAACUGAAACAAAUACAGGAGGAGAGAGAUGAAAGGCACAAGAUAAAAGGCAGAGUCAGUCGAUUCGAACCUCUCUCUGGGAUGGAGGGAAAACGCUCCUCAAUGGAUGUUUCUUCAAGAAGAAACCGUCCGUCCAGUGUUCUGGAUGACUCUGCACCUGGUUCCCAUGACGUUGGAGACCCCUCUACGACAAACUUAUAUCUCGGAAACAUCAACCCACAGAUGAACGAGGAGAUGCUGUGUCAGGAGUUUGGGCGCUAUGGCCCUCUAGCCAGCGUGAAGAUCAUGUGGCCGCGGACGGACGAGGAGAGGGCCAGGGAGAGGAACUGUGGCUUUGUGGCCUUUAUGAACCGGAGGGAUGCGGAGAGAGCUCUGAAGAACCUCAACGGGAAGAUGAUCAUGAACUUUGAGAUGAAGCUGGGCUGGGGUAAAGGUGUACCCAUCCCACCUCACCCCAUCUACAUCCCCCCGUCCAUGGUGGAGAACACCCUCCCUCCGCCCCCCUCCGGCCUGCCCUUCAACGCACAGACCCGCGAGAGGCUGAAGAACCCCAACGCCGUCAUGCUCCCUCCGCCCAAGAACAAGGAGGAAUUCGACAAGACUCUGUCCCAAGCCAUAGUCAAAGUGGUUAUCCCAACAGAAAGGAAUUUGCUCUCUCUCAUCCACCGAAUGAUCGAGUUUGUGGUGCGCGAGGGCCCCAUGUUCGAAGCCAUGAUCAUGAAUCGAGAGCUCAGCAAUCCCAUGUACCGGUUUCUGUUUGAGAACCAGAGCCCAGCACAUGUCUACUACCGCUGGAAACUCUACUCCAUACUACAGGGAGAAGCGCCAACAAAAUGGCGGACCGACGAAUUCCGCAUGUUCAAGAACGGCUCGUUGUGGCGCCCUCCUCCACUCAACCCCUACCUACACGGCAACUUUGAAGAGGGGGAGGAGCCAGAGGAGGAAGAGGAGGAGCCUGGGAAGAAAGGAUGCUUAAAAGAGGAAGAGCGUGAUCAGCUAGAAGAGCUGUUGAGAGGUCUGACUCCUAGGAAGGGUGACAUAGCAGAGGCCAUGUUGUUCUGUCUGAGUCAUGCCGAGGCUGCAGAGGAGAUCGUAGAGUGUGUCACAGAGUCUCUCUCCAUCCUCAAGACACCACUCCCCAAGAAGAUUGCACGUUUAUAUCUUGUGUCUGAUGUGCUGUACAACUCGUCUGCUAAAGUAGCCAACGCGUCGUACUACAGAAAAUACUUUGAGGCCAAGCUCUGCCAGGUCUUCUCGGACCUCAAUGCAACAUACAAGUCGACACAGGGUCACCUCCAAUCAGAGAACUUCAAGCAACGAGUGAUGUCGUGUUUCCGUGCGUGGGAGGACUGGGCCGUGUACCCAGAUCCCUUCCUCAUCAAGCUGCAGAACGUCUUCCUGGGUCUAGUCAACCUGUCAGCUGAGGAGGUGGCUUCCACUCCCAUCACAGUAGAGAAACUGCCGUUUGAACAUCUGGCCCCUAGUCUGUUGGCCCAGAAUGAGCCAGUGGAGGACAUCGACGGGGCCCCCAUUGGGGAGGACAUGGAUGGGGCCCCACUGGAGGACGUGGAUGGGGUUCCUAUUGGACUGGACGGGGCUGCCGCGGUGGCCGGCGCCCCUCCAGACGGAGCCUCCCUGGGGCUGGAUGAUCUGGAUGGAGUGCCCAUCAAAGCCCUGGAGGAGGACAUAGACAGACUGCCCUUGGAUCGGGCUGCGGUCAAAGCUGCAUCCUUUAAAGUAGCCCCUUCAAAAUGGGAAGCAGUGGACGAGUCUGAGCUGGAGGCACAGGCCGUGACCACCUCAAAGUGGGAGAUCUUUGAGCAGCCAGAGGAGGAGAAUAAGGACGACAGUGAUGAUGAGGACACCAAGAGUUCUCGUUCAGAGGAGCCUCCCAGUUACUCCAACCCCAUCAGAGACGACUUGGACUCCAAGACCAAGCACUCUGAGAUGAAUGAGGACAGACGCACCAAGCUCCGGGAGAUAGAGGUCAAAGUGAUGAAGUUCCAGGACGAGCUAGAGUCUGGGAAAAGGCCCAAGAAGUCUGGCCAGAGUCUCCAAGAACAGGUGGAACACUACAGAGACAAACUGUUACACAAGGAAAAAGAAAAGGAGAAACUGGAACGAGAGAAAGAGCGGGAGAAAGAGAGGGAGAAAAGGGAUAAGGAGAAAAGCGAAGCUCGUUUAAAAGACGCCAAGAAGGAGAAGGAGGAUUCUACUCCAACCAGGAGAGACAGGCGCGGUGUUUCUCCUGUGGUUGCUAAGAAACGGCGUCACAGCGGCUCGCCCGGCAGCCCCCCGAGGAGCAGCAGCAGACGAGCUCGCUCCCCGUCCCCCCGCUCGGAGAGGUCAGAACGUUCCGAACGCUCGGACCGCUCCUACUCCAAGGACGUGGCGUCGUCACGAUCCCGCUCCUCCCACAAAGACUCCCCUCGCGUCACCAGCAGCAAGAAGUUGUCCAAAAGGUCUCCCUCUUUACCCCGCACGCCCAAACGGUCCAGGAGAUCGCGCUCCAGAACACCCAAGAAAUCCUCUAAGAAGUCACGGUCAAAAUCACGGUCUCCGCAUCGGUCCCACAAGAAAUCAAAGAAGAGCAAACACUGACAAAUCACAUCCCUGUUCACUCUCCCCUAUACACCCUCCCCCCCCAACCUCCACUAUACACACCCUCUCCCGUGAUGGAUAAAUAAAAGAAUGAACUGGAGUGGCAGCUCCGUUCCCUGCCUGAAUGUUCCUGUGAAGAAGAGGAUGAUGAAGAGGAGUAAUGGGUAUUCCAUGUUGGGUCUCGAUGGAUCCAGCCUGGUUGCCAGGUGAUGUGUGUCUGGGAUCUAGCCGUGUUGCCAUGUUGGUACUCAAUGGAUCCAGCAGGGUUGCCAUGUUGGGACUCAAUGGAUCCAGCAGGGUUGCCAUGUUGGUACUCAAUGGAUCCAGCAGGGUUGCCAUGUUGGUACUCAAUGGAUCCAGCAGGGUUGCCAUGUUGGGACUCAAUGGAUCCAGCAGGGUUGCCAUGUUGGGACUAAAUACAUUUUGCCAGAAUGGAUCUAACCUGAAUAAUAAGAAAAUAUGAGCUGGAUAUGUGUUCUUCCACCACCCGAUGGGGUUAAUCCUUGUAGUAGACACACUCCCAGUGUGAUGAUGUAGUCUCUUUUUUCCUCAUGAUAUCCUUUUCUUUUUUGUCACAAAUUAAUAAAAAGGAUUCAUAAUAAAAAAUAUAUAAUUUGUCCUUUAA